CUCGAGCCGGAAGUUUUUGGCUUCCACUCCCACCAGUGACCAAAGACUUGACCACUUUACAAAGUCCAAAUCCCCAGAACAACUGCUUGACAUGGACACUUGUGUGAUUGAAGGUGGAUUAAAUGUCACUCUCACCAUCUGGCUACUUAUGCAUGGAAAGGAAAUUGGAAGCAUUAUUGGAAAGAAAGGAGUCGUCAAGAAGAUGCGUGAAGAGAGUGGUGCGCGUAUCAACAUCUCAGAAGGGAAUUGUCUUGAGAGAAUAAUUACUCUGGCUGGACCCACCAAUGCCAUCUUUAAAGCCUUUGCUAUGAUCAUUGACAAACUGGAAGAGAACAUAAGCAGCUCUAUGACCAAUAGUACAGCUACCAGUAGACCCCCAGUCACCCUGAGGCUUGUGGUCCCUGCUAGCCAGUGUGGCUCUCUCAUUGGAAAAGGAGGAUGCAAGAUCAAGGAAAUAAGAGAGAGUACAGGGGCUCAGGUCCGGGUGGCAGGGGAUAUGCUAACAAACUCAACUGAGCGGGCCAUCACUAUUGCUGGCAUCCCGCAAUCUAUCACUGAGUGUGUCAAACAGAUCUGCGUGGUCAUGUUGGAGACUCUCCCCCAGUCACCCCAGAAGGGCAUGACCAUCCCGUACCGGCCCAAGCCAUCCAGCUCCCCAGUCAUCUUUGCAGGUGGUCAGGACAGGUACAGCACAGGCAGCGACAGUGCGAGCUUUCCCCACACCACCCCGUCCAUGUGCUUCAAUCCUGACUUAGAGGGACCAGCUCUGGAGGCCUAUACCAUUCAAGGACAGUAUGCCAUUCCACAGCCAGAUUUGACCAAGCUGCACCAGUUGGCAAUGCAACAGUCUCACUUCCCCAUGACACAUGGCAACACCAGAUUCAGGGCAGGCUUGGAUGCAUCUGCUCAGACUACUUCUCAUGAACUCACCAUUCCCAAUGACUUAAUUGGCUGCAUAAUCGGGCAUCAAGGCGCCAAAAUCAAUGAGAUUCGUCAGAUGUCUGGGGCUCAGAUCAAAAUUGCCAAUCCAGUGGAAGGAUCUACUGAUAGGCAGGUUACCAUCACUGGAUCUGCUGCCAGCAUUAGCCUGGCUCAGUAUCUAAUCAAUGUCAGGCUUUCCUCAGAGACGGGUGGCAUGGGGAGCAGCUAGAACAAUGCAGACUCACCCAUAACCCCCUUCUACUGUUCACCACCCAUGAUCCAUCUGUGUAGUUUCUGAACAGUAAUCGAUUCCAGGUUUUAAAUAGUUUGUAAAUUUUCAGUUUCUGCACAACUUUAUCAUCCACUCGUGAUUUUUUUAAUUAUAGCAUUUUAAUUCCUUUCUCUGUUCAGCUGUUAACGCUGAGAACCAUAUUUAGUUUUAUAAGCUUCUCCCUGUUUUUGUUUGU